AUGAAUCAAAUUUGUCAGCACUGUGGUGCUAAAAUAUUCCUAGAUGAAACACAUUUUCUAUGUUGGCAUAAUGGUAAGGUAGCUUUGCCUCCACUUUCACCAUUAACACAAGCUUUACAGGAUUUAUUCACAAGGAGUUAUGUUAAUUAUAACGCUAAUGUCAAUUUUUUAAAACAUAUUCGAAGUUAUAAUGCCUAUCUUUCUUCUGCUUCUUUUACAGCAAAUGUAGUUCAACCAAUAAAUCAUGGGCUUACGUGUUUUAAAAUAUGUCGCCAGAUUUUUCCUCGUGUUGGGGGUAAUAGACGUCGCUAUAAUCUACCUUUACAUGAUAAAGUUGCUGUUGUGUUUGUUGGUGAAAAUGGUGCUCUCCCAACCUCCAGGGAAGUUGUCAUUUACCCAAAAGUUCGUCUUUUAAAAAUUGUAUCAAGUGUGUCAGCCAACUUGGAUCCUAUGAUUUAUCCUCUAUUUUUUCCAAGAGGUAAUACUGGUUGGUAUAAUCAGUUGGUGCAUAACCCUGAGCUUGCCACACUGGUUCAUCUUCCUGAGAAUCAGAUUGUGUAUUUUAGAGAAGGAGAAGAACAAGUGGCUUUAGAUCGUGCUGCUCAACGUGAUACACACCAUACGGCAUGGUUUAAAUUAAAUUCUGAAAAUAAAGGAGCGCAUCGCUAUUCAUAUGUAAAUAUUCUAUAUCACUUUGUAUUUGAUGAUAAACAUUCUAAAUGGAAGGUAAAAGGAGCAAAAUCUUGGGAGGAUUUGCAUACUGUUAGUGGAUUAGUUCUUGAAACCUUUCGUAAAGCAUGUGUUUUAAAAGGUUUGCUGCAAGAUGACUCUGAAUGGCAGAGGGGAUUUAUUCAUCGCCAAGUUCCAUUUAUAUUAGCUGAACAAACUACUCUUUGCCAAAUCGAAAAGAAUAUUAAUCAAAGCGGUAAAACGCUUUCUGAUUAUAAUUUGCCUGUUGUUGAUGAAUUCAUAAAUUUCAAUCUAGAAAAUUUAAAUGAUAAUGUUCAGCAAUCAAUUGACGAAGCUAAUAGAAUGAGACAGCUUCUCAAUAUCAAUCAAUUAAUUGAAAGUAAUGAUGUCCUUGCUGCAUUGAACGAGCAAACAAGUGUAGAAAAUCAACAUUUAAGAUUGUUUUUUAUGGAUGGACCAGCCGGUAGUGGCAAAACUUUUACAAAUAAUUAUUUGAUUGCUCAAACGAGCAGUAGGGGUGUUAAAUCUGCUACAGCUGCAUGGACUGGCAUAGCAGCAACUCUUCUUACAAAUGGAACUACGCUGCACGGCUUAUAA